UCCUCUCUCUCUUUCUCUCUCUCUCUCGACUCUCUCUCUGUCUCCCGAUAUCCCCAAACCUCGUUCCUCGUGUUUCGAACGCCUUCUCCCCCUCGCUGGCCGAUCCGAUCGCUGCGACCGUCGCAAGUCCUUUUUGUUGGAUUUGGAUCGGAGGGCAAGGUCGAUGGCGGCGGCAGCGAUGGGCAAGAUCGAGAGGGCCCAUCGGAUGUACCGCGAGGGGUGCCACGAGGUGGCGCUCGGGCUGUACACGGACGCCCUGGCGAUGGCCAAGACCAAAGCCCAGAAGAUCGCUCUCCACAGCAACCGGGCCGCCUGCUACCUGAAGCUGCAUGACUUCAAGAAGGCAGCAGAAGAAUGUACGUCAGUCCUUGAGCUGGAUCAUCAACACACGGGAGCUUUGAUGUUACGUGCACAAACAUUAGUCACUCUUAAGGAUUAUCAAUCAGCACUUUUUGAUGUGAACAGAUUGAUGGAGCUGAAUCCAUUGUCAGAUGUGUAUAGAAAUUUGCAAGCCCGGCUAAAAACACAAUUGUCACUUGCUCCAAUACCCGAGUCUGAGGAAGAAGCAUCUUCUCUCGAAGAAAACGAAGAAGAAGUCCAACCAAAAGGAACAAGGACCCAGUCAGAAGAGGAAAGAAAAGUUGACCCUGCUGAUGAGAAACCUGAAGCACCUGUAACCCAACCUGCAAACACUGAGGAGGCCUCUGCUAAUACUUCUUCCAAACCACAGGGUUGGGAAGCAAUUCCAAAACCAAAAGGGCAUUCAGGGCUUGAUUAUUCACGAUGGGACAGGGUCGAAGACGAUUCAAGUGAAGAGGAAGAGGAUGACACAGAGGACCAGCAACCUCGGUCCUUCAAUCGACCGUCGGGGCACAUUCUCAUUAAAGUUGUUCUUCGGCACAAACAGCAUGCCGGCCACCUUGUCCUUACUCCCAUCGAUAGCCUUAGUUGGGGAGUUCUCUAAAAACCAACUAGAUUCUAGUCUCUUACUUCCAUCAGUUCUCUUAUGAUGAUAAACAUAUUCUCCUGUAUGAAGUUAAAUUAUGUCAUCUAUUUCAAGUUUUGUAUGUUAUUAGAGAUGGUAGUGUUAGGUGUGUAAUGUAAUUGCACGUAUCAGUAAGAUAGGUCAGUCCUUUACUGUGAAGCUGAUGCUGUCAAGGUGGGGUAUCCAAAAGAUCUAUGUUGAAAUCGUUUCGAUGAUUUUAUAUUCCAGUGACAUAACUCGAAGAGGGAGCACUCAGACUCUUGUCCAUGGCUGUUUUUUGGUGUAAAGAAGAAAGAUGACAGUGGCGAGAG